UGUUUUAAAAUGGAAAACAAGGAAGAAUCUAAGGUUUUCUUGAAGCUUUUGGUGGAUGAAAAGAAAGAACAAGUUGUUGCAGCUGAAGCCAAAGCAGAUUUUAUGGACAUACUCUUUAGCCUUCUUACUUUACCACUCGGAACGAUAAUACAACUCAUUAGAAAAGCAGAGGGCAGAGAUGUUGGUUGUAUGAACCACUUGCGUCGAAGUGUUGAAAAUCUCAGUGAGAAAUAUCUUCUCAUAGAACAUUGCAAAACCAUGCUGCUAAGUCCAAGAAAUCCCUAUCCAAAGUAUUGCAUGAGGUUGAAAGUAGACGUAAAUGAUUCAGGUUCCGAGAAGUAUUAUCAGUGUUCAGAAUGCUCAAAGAAAAGCUAUUUCACGAAUGUUGAGUGCUCAUGUGAUGGGACGUUUAAUAAAGAGACAGUUCUGAAAGAUUUAGUUGAAAUUACUUGUUGUGACGAGUAUGUCUUUCUUAAAGGAGGGAUGUCAUUUCUAAUCUCUGAUGAUUUACAAGUCAAGUGUGCUUCUCCAAGUUCUCUUGUUCAGAUGAUUUCUAAUGUUGGCCUGAAUGAUAUGAAUCGGAUUAAGGAAAUGAAAGUAGAAGUUGGCAAGAACGAGGUGAUUUGUCUACUUGCUCGUUCAUUUAUCUCAAAAACUCCUUUGUCUGAUGUGUUUCUGCCCAAGCAAAAACAAAAAAGGGCAAGGGUAGACACUAAAAUGAUGUCCGAGUUUGGAAAUUUGUCGUCUGAAAAUGGAACGAGUAAUAACACCAAGAAAUUGGAGCUGAAGCUAACAGUAAGAAAGUCCACAAACAAGGUCUUGUGUGCAGAAGCAGGCAAUGAUUUUGUUGAUUUUCUCUUCGGCUUCUUGACGAUUCCUAUAGGAUCAAUUGAAGAUGCUCUAAAAGGGAGUUCUGGAUUGGGAUGCAUAGAUAACUUCUAUAAAAGUGUGGAGGCUUUAGAUUCGAAAUGGUUCAAUAUGCGUCCAAAGCAGAAUACUUACUGGAAUGAGGAGAUUCCUAGUGUCAACCUUAAGAUGAUAUUACUCAAUCCCGGUGUUGCCCCUUACCAUAAUUCUGAGUAUCAGCUGCUGCAGAUUUCUGAAGGAAAAUCAGAAAUUUAUAACUUGCACGAUAUAAGGCAGUUUGUAAGGGGUGCUUUUGUUGCCAAAUGUCAAAGGUUUGCCAAGGAACCCUUCCUUUUCUACGUUAUGGACAAUUUGGAAGUGAGAUCUUUGUCUUCUACGUCAACUAUUUGCUUACUGCGUGAACUAAACGUGCCCCUGAAUGAUAUUGAGGAGCAAAUGAUCAGUAUUGGCGAGUCGGAAGCAUUGAACUUGCUGAAGGCCUCUUUGACAUCAUCAUCAUCAGCUUUGACAGAGGGCCUAAAUCACAGGUUGAAGAAGCAGAUAGACGAAGAUGUGCAGUGUAACGUGAAGAAAAUUUGUCGUGCUGGUUAGCAAACACAUAGAUAGCUCUUUUGAUUCCCUGUACAUCAAAGCCUUGUUGGAGAGGCAAGUGUUUUCAGAUAUGAAUCAAUCAUUUUGUAGUUCUAUUA